AUGUUUCCAUUCAAGUUUAAGAGGAAGCAAUUUCCUAUAAGGCUUAGCUUUGCUAUGACGAUUAACAAGGCUCAAGGGCAGACCAUCUCGAUUGCUGGUGUGUAUCUACCUAUUCCGGUGUUCUCUCAUGGUCAACUCUAUGUUGCUUUGUCUCGAGCAACCGCGAAGAGAAACAUAAAGAUACUUAUUCAGAAGGAGAAGCCGAAGGAGAAGUCCAACAAGAAAAAUAACAAUCCAAAGAAGCGAAAAAGACCGACCGUGUCCUUGCUGACCUCAAUGAAGAACAUCGUCUACAAGGAAGUACUUACAGGCUGA